AUGGCAUCGUACAUUGCAAAGAGAUUGUUUUCCAGGAGUAGAGUUAGAUUAGAUACGCUUGCAUUGGUAGAAGGUGUGAGCAAUGGUGUUUCUCCCGCAUCAUUGUCUACAAUUACUGCUGCCACCGAGAUUGGGGAACCGGUGACGGCCAUCGUUUUUGGGAGUAAUGGAGAUUCAGUUGCUGAGGCAGUGGCCAAAACCGAAGGUGUUUCUAAAGUGUUAGUUGCCAAAGACGGGGAAUACGACCACUGUUUGGCAGAAAAGGUUUCACCUUUGCUUAAGAAGAUUAUUGAAGACCAGAAGUUUACCCACUUUUUAACUGCCGGCUCGUCGAUUGGCAAAUCAGUACUUCCAAGAUUAGGAGCUUUGCUUGAUGUGCAGCCCGUAUCUGAAAUUAUCAAGGUUGUUGAUCCAACUACGUUUGUGCGUCCAAUCUAUGCCGGUAACGCAUUGGCUACAGUGAAAUCAAAAGACAGUAUUAUUCUUGCAUCCGUGAGAGCAUCGGCGUUCCCGCCAGCUGAGGUUGGUGGCGCUACUGCUCCCGUCGAGCAAGUCACCGAAUCUGUUGAAUCAGGCAAUAGUGCCGAGUUUGUGUCUGAACAAAUUGUCAAAUCCGAAAGACCAGAGUUGGGGCUGGCCACACGAGUGGUGUCUGGAGGUCGUGGGUUAAAGAAUAAAGAGACGUUUGACCAGUUGAUUGAUCCGUUAGCCACCAAGUUGAAUGCUGCCAUUGGUGCAUCCAGAGCAGCAGUUGAUUCAGGGUUCUGUGACAAUUCCUUACAAGUUGGUCAAACAGGUAAGAUUGUUGCUCCAGAUUUGUAUAUAGCUGUUGGUAUCUCUGGUGCUAUACAACACUUGGCAGGUAUGAAAGAUUCAAAAGUGAUUGUUGCUAUUAAUAAAGAUGCCGAUGCGCCAAUUUUCAAUGUUGCUGAUGUUGGGUUAGUUGGUGAUUUAAACGAGGUUAUUCCAGAGUUGACAAAGAAAUUGUAG